UAAGCCAUUUAUUGUUAGUUUUAAUGUAUUUAGAAGUUCUGUAAAAUGAGAAUUAACUUGCAAACCUUUCCCAAAUUGAUCAUUGUGCUGCCCCUUCUGCAUUUUAUUCUGGGAAAACGCCUUCAGGCCGAGUCUGAGGAACUAAAGCGGCGCAAAGAAUCGGAGCAAUCUAAGGCGCAGAAUGUGAAUAUUGCGUGGCUGAUGAGGCAGCAGGAUAAGUUGCAAAAGGACACCCUGUACGGAAGGAAGUAAGCUCACACAAAUUACCCCAAGUCGAAAAAACAAAAAAACUUAUCGACAUGCGUCGCUCGAGCUGAAACGGAAGCAGAAAGUCAAGGUGCAAACCAAAAAUCAUUACACCUGUUCACGAACACAACAACCAGAAGAAGCCGCAGCAGAAGAUGUGAGUGUAGAAAGCGUAGAAAUCGAAUGGCAGAAUGGCGGGGAAAUAAAAUAAAAUUUAACGCUCGUAGUUUAA